ACGCGGGCAUGACAUUGAGCAUGCGAUAGAGACAGAGUGGUCUGGCUGGAUACAUACGCUGUGGAUAGAAGCAGCUCUCUCAGUCUUUGUGCGUCUUAUUUCUAACAUUUUAAACGUUGUUUAAGUUAAGUGCCUGAGUUUCAGUCAGUGUUCCCCGUUAUUACUGCUUCUUCUAAGAUCUUGAACUAUUCAACAAAGGGACGAUGUUUGAGACCAGCCACAACGACCUAAUGCUGCUGCUCCCCUCCCCAGAAGAUGACUUGGCUGUGCACAAUCUGCUCUGCGACGGAGAGCGGUCCCCGGGCCAGGGCAUGUCACUUGCUGAGGCCCUGCUUCCUCUGGUACAGUCCUCUGCCGCUCAACCCGCGCCCCUACUGUACUCAACACGCUACAAGACGGAGCUAUGCAGCCGAUAUGCCGAGACGGGCGCAUGCAAGUACGCAGAGCGUUGCCAGUUCGCCCAUGGCCUACAUGACCUCCACGUCCCCUCUCGCCACCCCAAGUACAAGACGGAGCUUUGCCGCACUUUCCACACGGCCGGCUUCUGCGUGUAUGGUACUCGCUGCCUAUUCGUCCACGUUCUGCGGGAGCAGAGGCCGCCAGCCCGCCAGCAGCGCAGGCAAGGUUCUGGACGUACAGUGCCCUGCCGCAAUUACCGAGCCUAUGGAGUCUGUCCCUUCGGCACUCACUGCCACUUCCUGCACGUGGACGCCAGCGGCUCAGGGGCCUCCACAGACAGCGAGGAGGAGAAGACCUGGUCCCCGCUUACCACUUCAUCUGCCCCCGCUUCCGCCCCCCUCGCCCCGGCCCGCUCAGAAUGGAAACCGCGGGGCACUCUCUGUCGCACCUUCAGUGCGUUCGGCUUCUGUCUGUACGGCACGCGCUGCCGCUUCCAGCACGGCCUGCCAAAUGCAGUGCGAGGCUCGGAUGCUUUCUCCGCAUCUCCUACAUCCUCCAGUCAACAACCCACCUGGCCCUCCUUUCCCUCGUCUUUGACCCUUCCAACGAGAGCGGUGUCCCCAGCCUCGGAUAUGCGCUCUUCGUCCCCCACGUCGUCAUCUUCCUCCUCCUCUCCACCAUCUGCCUUAGCAUCUCCAAUCUAUCCAGACGACGGCUUCCCCAUCACCCCACCGCUCUCCAGCGGGCCUAUGGCCCACAACGCCUUCACAUUCUCCAGCCAGCACCUGAAUGACCUGCUGCUACCGCUGGCUUUUCGGCUGCAGCAGCUGGAGAACAGCCAGGCCAAAGGGGCGCUGGAUAAGCCCCUGUUCAUGGGUUGAAGUGCCUUGUUUUUAAGUGUUUCUUGGCAGUGGUCUAGUGCUGUGUAUGUGUUUUUGAGACUGUGAACUCUCAAAUUGUUUUACAUUUUCACUUUAGGAGUGGUUUUAACACUACACCAGUUUUAACUUUCCCUUGAGUGCUUUUGCUUUCCUCUAC